GCCGAAUCUAAUCUCCCUCGCCUCCCACGGCACCACUCCUUCAUUCUUCAACCGGACAUUUCUUUCGAUCACAACUCUUUUCACCGUCCUGGGUUACGCCCACAUGCAAACAACAUCCCCUUUGCCAUGAGUCAGGAGUAUUACCCCGGCCAAGGCGCCUCUUCGUCCUCCGGCUCCUCGUCCAGCCAGCCGCCCCAGGAGGCUUCCUCUGCGAACAAUACCCCCCCAUCCUUCCCGAGACCCCCGCCGGCGUACAUGACUGUCGGGAAUGGUUCGACCUCCGAGAGCGCAACGGCCUUGAUGGCCUCGUUGCAUGAGGAUUCCGGGUACGGCGGAAGCAUUGCCAGUGGAAGCGUGGUGGAUGGCGAUGCUGGAGCUGCUGCUGGUGGCGGUUGGCGAGCGGAUCUGAUGGUCGAUAGCCCGACUCCCAUGCACGCGCCUGCCCAUCUAGGAGAAUGGAACCCGGCGGCUGAGCACGAGCGACAGGUUGUCGCGAGCCAUGUUCAUCAGCUUCUCUAUAAUUCGAACCGGACCAAGCUUGGACGCGCGAUCACGCGCACCAUCGAAACGUUGAAGGAACUCCAGGACAUGAACCGGCAAUGGCCCGCCCACUACCCCUCCGUCCAGAACGCACCCGAGUCGCCCUCCGAGAAACCCGCCCUGCAUAAGAGACAGUCCUACUUCGGAGAUGAGUCCCUGGAUGAUUCGAUGCCCCGUCCCGGUCAGGUCCGGCGCGCCGCCACCAUGACCGGCGGGGAGGACUUGGCCGAGUCGAGUGCUGCCGCCCAGCGCCGUGUUCCGGCCGAGCCCAGGUUGAUGAGCCCCCAGAUCGCGCAGGAGUUUUCGAUUCUCAAACUCGAUCUGAAGCUGGGAGCCCUGUCGCAGGCUGAGCUGGUUCACUCGCUGGAGAAAGCGUCCAUCGCGUCGCUGUUGGAUGGCAAGAUCGCCCAGAGCGUCAAGCAUCUGCUCUCGUUGCGGGACCGCAUCGAGGAUACCUCCAGCAAGGUUCUGAUUACGGGUGAUUUGAACGCGGGAAAGUCGACGUUCUGUAAUGCGCUGCUGCGUCGCAAGGUUCUGCCCGAGGAUCAGCAGCCAUGCACCAGCAUUUUCUGCGAGGUCCUGGAUGCACGCGAGAACAGUGGUAUCGAGGAGGUGCAUGCCGUUCACAAGGAUGUGCACUACAACCGCAACGAUGAGAGUACAUACGACGUGUAUGCGCUGUAUGAGCUGGAGAAUAUCGUCAUCGAUAACUCCAAGUACAUGCAGUGCAAGGUCUAUGUGAAGGAUGUGCGGACGAUCGACGAGUCUUUGCUCAACAACGGCGUCGUGGAUAUUGCGCUGAUUGAUGCGCCUGGUCUGAACUCGGAUUCCUUGAAGACGACGGCUGUUUUUGCGCGACAGGAGGAAAUCGAUGUGGUCGUGUUCGUGGUGUCGGCUGCUAACCACUUCACUCUUUCUGCUAAGGAGUUCAUUCUCAAUGCUGCCCACGAGAAGGCGUACAUGUUCAUUGUUGUCAACGGUUUUGAUCAGAUUCGCGACAAGCAGCGGUGUGAGCGGAUGAUCCUGGAUCAGAUCGGCAAGCUCAGUCCCCGUACGUACAAGGAGGCGGCCGAACUGGUUCACUUCGUUUCCAGUAACGCCAUUCCCGUGGCGCCUCCCGUUCCCAGUCCGAACUCCGGUGGUGGUGGCGACGAUGGAUCCGACGAUGACGAGCCCGAGGAUAAAGGAAAGGGCAAAGGCAAGGGCAAAGAAAGACAGAAGAUCCAGGAUUUCGAGAAUCUGGAAGGUUCUUUGCGUCGGUUCGUCCUCGAGAAGCGCUCUCGUUCAAAGCUUGCGCCUGCUCGGACAUAUCUCCUGAACCUGCUCGCAGAUCUGAACUCCCUGGCUGGAGUCAACCGCGAUGUGGCUCAGGCAGAACUCAAGCGUGUCACGGACGAGCUGGCCGAGCUGGAACCUGCUUAUGAGCAAGGCAAGAAGAAGAAGGUCGAACUCAGCGAGCAGGUCGAGAAGUACAUUGAUGAUUCGUGCGACGACGUCUACAAUCACACUCGUUCUAGCCUGGGUGAAACCAUUGCUCAUGUUUCCGAGGCUGACUUGGGUGUCGAGUACCCGGGUUUGUUCUCUGCCUUCCAGUACGCCGAGGAUUUGAAGUUGGCUAUGCUGGAUCAGAUUGCCGCAUCUGUCUCGGACUGCGAAGAUUAUGCUCGCGAGAAGACGGUCAAGGGCGUUGGUUUCGUCCAGAACAUCGGUCUUUUGCAUGUUGGUGAAGAUAAGUUCGCGCCUUUGAACUUCCGUGCGGACAUGAUGUUCCGUCGCGGUCGUCGCCACACGCUUGCAAGACAGGUUGACACGGAAGUGGAGAUCUGGGACUUCUUCGACAUCUCUGGUAUUUGGGAGCGGCAAGAGAAGAUGGCCGGUACUGGUAUGGCGAUGACUGCCGUGACUGUUCUCGGAGGUAGGGCUUUUGGUGGCAUCGGCUGGGUCGACAGUAUGUUCAGUGCUGUUCGCUUCCUGGGACCGAACAAUGUGCGACGACUUUUCCUGCCUGGUAUUCUGGCAGCCGCUGCCCUGACUGCCGCCUGGAUGGUUUCCACUAUCCCCACUACCCUUCCUCCCCGUCUGUCCCGCAAGCUUGCGGCCACUCUUUCAGAGAUGGACUACGUUCACUCCAACGCCACGCGCAUUUCCUCCGAAGUUCGCCGCAUCCUGCGCCUGCCUGCCGGAAAUCUGCAAACCAGUCUCGCGCAAGACAUCGAAGACCUUGGACGUCGCAAGCACGAAGUGAGCAAGACCAAGCACGAGAGCGAGACCGCCAGCAAGUACUUUUCGAAUCUCUUCCGCGAGAGUGGCGAGAACCGCAGAUCGGUAGAGAGCAUUGAUCUGGAUGCUCCUCUACCCGGCGGCCUUGCGGCAGCUCAUUGAGCAUUGAUAGGGGACGCUUAGAUGGGUUCGGAGGUGAUUUCCCUUGUACAAAACGUAAUGAUGCUGUACGAACUUUCUAUUAUUCCCUUCUCUGCUGUGUGGUUUGCCUAGGCCUUGUGCUGCCUCCUUCCGCUCUGCCUUCUUCUUUUCCUGUUUCCCUCACAAAAUAUCCCGUCGUGCAUGAGUUACAGCUUCUUUCUUUCCUCCUCUUCUCUUCUUUUUAACUCUGCUUGAUCUUCCUUGCUGUAAUGAGGCGUGUUUGGCGGUACGCAUGGUUAAGAUAUAGCUUCAAAAUUCUUCAUCAGAAUGAUAUCCUAGACAAUGGUCUUUUGUAUUUGUCUGCCUCGAUCACUUUGUCGUUGCGCCUUGUCCUGUUGCUGAUGCUGUGAAGAAAUGGCCUGUCAUUCAAAGUUCUGGC